AUGGAAGGGGUGGAGCAGGCCAACCGAGUGACCCUGUUCCUGCUGUUUGGCAGGUCAUUGGAUCUGGGACUGCUCCAGACACCAAGCUCCGCCAUCGACAAGCGGUCGGGAGAGAAGGUGGCCAUCAAGAAGCUGAGCCGGCCCUUCCAGUCGGAGAUCUUCGCCAGGAGGGCCUACCGGGAGCUGCUGCUGCUGAAGCACAUGCAGCACGAGAACGUCAUCGGGCUCCUGGAUGUCUUCACCCCAGCCUCCUCCCUGCGCAGCUUCCAUGACUUCUACCUGGUGAUGCCCUUCAUGCAGACGGACCUGCAGAAGAUCAUGGGCAUGGAGUUCAGUGAGGACAAGAUCCAGUACCUGGUGUAUCAGAUGCUCAAGGGUCUUAAGUAUAUCCACUCGGCUGGCGUCAUCCACAGGGACCUGAAGCCGGGCAACCUCGCCGUGAACGAGGACUGUGAGCUGAAGAUCUUGGAUUUUGGGCUGGCACGGCAUGCGGACGCCGAGAUGACUGGCUACGUGGUGACCCGCUGGUAUCGGGCCCCCGAGGUGAUCCUCAGCUGGAUGCACUACAACCAGACUGUGGACAUCUGGUCCGUGGGCUGCAUCAUGGCUGAGAUGCUGACGGGGAAGACGCUGUUCAAGGGGAAAGAUUACCUGGACCAGCUGACCCAGAUCCUGAAGGUGACCGGGGUGCCAGGUGCAGAGUUUGUGCAGAAGCUGAAUGACAAAGCGGCCAAAGCCUAUAUCCAGUCCCUGCCACAGAGCCCCAAGAAGGACUUCUCUCAGCUCUUCCCCCGCGCCAGCCCCCAGGCCGUGGACCUGCUGGAGAAGAUUCUGGAGCUGGACGUGGACAAGCGCCUGACGGCCUCGCAGGCCCUGGCCCACCCCUUCUUUGAACCCUUCCGGGACCCUGAGGAGGAGACAGAGGCCCAGAAAUUUGACGAUUCCUUAGAACAUGAGAAACUCACAGUGGACGAAUGGAAGCAGCACAUCUACAAGGAGAUUGUGAACUUCAGCCCCAUUGCCCGGAAGGACUCACGACGCCGGAGUGGCAUGAAGCUGUGAUGACUCGUCCAGCAGAUCCCUGGCUGAGUCCAGGGACCACCAUGGGACACCCCCUGCCAGACACAGCCCCAGAACCAGUAUUUAUUUGUCACUACUGAACCCUUCCUGGAUUAUAACCUUCCAAGCAGAGGACAGAGGGCCCUGUCCUUGUGCAGGAAACAGGCCCAGUAGAUGCAGAAUUCAAAGAUGCUGGCUGGGAGGAAAUAGCAGUGACCAUCCCCGGCCACAUUAAAUACCUGUCUGGAGAA